GGUUCUCCCACUGCCGCCAAGCGUUGAUAGCACGGGAUAGCACUGGUACGACGCCGGGUACACUUUGCUUCGCGUGUAUUUUAUGCAAUCUGUAACAUACAUCAUAAAGAGGACUCCGAUCACAUAUUAAAAAAUCAAUAUGAGUGCUGAAGAGGAAGUGCUAAGGAUCCAGAAAAAACUGAUUAAAAUGUCGAGCGGCGACGGGACGGGCCAAGAACAAGCCUUGGAAUUAUUGAAAGUUCUGCAAAAACUACCAGUAAAUUUGGAACUCUUGACAAAAACGAGGAUUGGCAUGACGGUAAAUGCGCUGAGGAAAUCGAGCAAAGACGACGAAGUUAUAUCGCUUUCAAAAACGCUCAUAAAGAAUUGGAAGAAAUUCUUAUCUGGUCCUAACAAAGACUGCAAAGAUUCAAGUUCUUCAAGUGGAUCAAAAAAAAAAGAUGAGAAAUUGGACAAGGUCAAGGAAGAAGGGGAUCAGAAGAAGGAAAAAGAUGGAGUUGUUGAUGGGGGAGAUUCUAAAUCCAAAGAGGAUAAGACAAGUAAAGAUUUGUCAAGGAAACAGUCUUCUUUUCCAGCCGCCACCACCACAGAUGCAGUUAGGUUAAAAUGCCGAGAACUGUUGGCUGCUGCACUAAGAGUUGACGGAGGAGCCAUUGAAGGUUGUGCCAGUCCAGAAGAACUUGCUGAGGAGCUGGAGGAAGCAAUUUAUGCAGAGUUCAAAAAUACGGACAACAGAUACAAGAACAGAGUACGCAGCCGAGUCGCAAACUUAAGAGAUGCGAAAAAUCCAACUUUGAGAACAAAUUUUCUUGUUGGAGCAAUUCCUCCUGGCCGUCUGGCUGUAAUGACUGCUGAGGAAAUGGCAAGCGACGAGAUUAAACAGUUGCGGGAGCAGUUCAAGAAAGAGGCCAUUAACGAUGCGCAACUCGCAACUGUCCAGGGGACAAAGACCAGCUUAUUAAAAUGUGGAAAGUGCAAGAAGCGCAAUUGCACAUAUAAUCAGGUUCAGACACGAUCCGCCGACGAACCUAUGACAACAUUUGUCUUGUGCAACGAAUGUGGGAACCGUUGGAAGUUCUGCUGAAGCUUCCUGCCGCGACGUCGCAGCUCCGUCUCUACAUUAUUUAACCUACUAUAAACUGAAGUUCAUCGUAGCGUUAAUAUGAAUGGUGAAAAUCAAACAUUGGCCAACGAAUUUUCGGAUCAUAUUAUUAUCACGCAUUCAAGUAAGGGAUAUCGUUUCCUUCGCUCAAUGUGUGAGGCUAGCUGUGAACGAUUAUCGAUUGAUGUAUGCAUCUUGUUUCUAUCUAUAUAGGAUACAUAAACGUGCCGAUGCUUAGAGCAGAUGUGGCUUGUCUAUUGGGUACAAGAAAAUGGAAUUUUUUUUUUUUUAUUUCGAUUGGAAGAAAAACGUGGAUCAUUUAAUUCCAAACUUGAAUAUGUCAGUAAUCAUACUUUACAGAAGACAACAUCACGACGGUAUACAAAUACUGGUGCGCAUAGGUACAUUCACAUGAGAAUGGCCGAAUUACAGUUACCUGACUUGAUUGUUGUCUGCUAUAGGCAUAUGUACCACAGCCUGCAAGCGCGGAGAGACUAUCUUUUUUUUUCCCCUUUGAAAAGUUCGAUUGGAAACAGCUGAAAAAUUUGUAAAUAAAUGGCCGAACGCUGACUGAUUUUUCAUAAUUGUCGGAAUCGACGCAAUUUAGCGCAUGUGAGAAUUACGUCAACGAUAAUUAGUUUCAAAUGACGGUCGUUUUAUUGAAAAGGUGAAUGCUAGUAAUUAGUUAUACAUAUAACACUUGUGCAGAUUGGAUUUAAUGGUAGUUAAUAAAGUAAAAAAUCGUUAGCUACUCCUCAUCAUGUUUGAAUAAACAAUCUGUAAAAGUCAACCGCAUACAACGCUAUAAAUCAUUUUCUACCUGCAGGCGUGACUUCCAAACACGUUGUGUGAGUAUAUUUCUUCGCAAACUUGGUAAUAUAAAUAAUAAACUUGUACCACAGAA